AUGAGGCAGGCUUCUCUAACCCAUCGGGAAGUUGAGGGACAGAAUGACUGGUCCUUCAAUGGAGAACCUAUGGAUUCCAUUGCCCGCAUCCUUGAAGCUAAUCUUGCGCUUCCUGCCGCCAGCCGGGUACCGCUGGAGGUCAUCACAAAGGUCUUUCAGCACUGUAUACCACAUGACACAGUCUGCCGUUCAUCCGCAUGCGAAGCUCCGCUGCUUCUCGGUCACGUCUGCAGCGCCUGGCGCGCUUUACUACAUGCGACCCCAUCACUGUGGACGUCUUUGUGUAUACACUUACCUGGUUCGCCUAUCUGGUGGGAGGACUUCGUCGACGAAGUGCUCGCAAUCAUGGAUAUGUGGAUCCGUUACUCGUCUUCUCUUCCUGUUUCAAUCUCGUUCAUUCAAACAGGCAAUUUCCCUCCGAAUCAGCUUUCUCGAAUCGUCGACAGUCUCUGCUUACAUGCCCAUCGAUGGGGGAGCAUCAAGCUGCGGGGUUCGAACAUCAUCCUGAAGGAAUUCUGGCCCGUCUUUCGACAGAGACUUGUUUGUCUUGAGUCUCUUGACUUUGAACUUGACCUUGAUUUUCUGGGGAAAAGCUUCGUCAAUGUAGAUGCAUUAAUUGUACCCGAUAGAGUCCCUCGUCUACGGUCUCUGACUACGUCAGGAUUUCCACCGACCAUCAAGUCAUUCGAUAAUCCUACCUUCCAUCCCAAUAUCUACUCGCAACUCGAGGCGCUGUCCGUCGCAUGGGAGAGCCCAGCGACUAACACGAGUCACUACCUUACUCCAUAUCAGGUCAUCCAUGCUCAGAACCUCGUCAUCCUAAGCAUCUCGCUGAACGACAUUGGAUCUCCAUGGAGCCAUAGAAGGUAUGCUCCCCAAGGCCCUGUGGUUCUCCCUCACCUCGCGACCCUUCGAUUACGUCGCACACAUCCGUCUCCGAUGGCGGCAGGCUUCGUUGAUGGCCUCUUCCUCCCCCAACUUCAGUGUCUCCACCUUGACAGUUUCGCUAUCUUCCGACCCGAACUGAGAUUAUGGCACGGGAGCCUGUUCAAGAACCUGCUCAUACGGUCCAAGUGCUCGUUACAGGCGCUCACCAUUUGGCAGCUGUCGUUUGCUGAAGAAGACCUGCACGAUAUCCUCCUGCUCUCACCUGACCUCAAAGAGUUUUCAUUCUUCGAUCCCUAUGCAGAGGCGGCAUGUCGAGAGAUAAUGCGUAGGCUCACUAUUUAUGUUGGUGGUGCCGUAUUAUCCAUGGUCCAGGGCCUAGAAACCCUACGUCUGGGUUUCUCGUUGACUCAAUCGCCUUCGCUGGAGGGCUUAGAAACGAUGAUCGAGUCUCGUACGAGUGGACAUUGCAGCGAAACGGAGGAGCGGACUUACUCGCUUUGCCGAGUGCGGGUGCAGAUUGAUCUUGCCUCGCACGGGCACGGUGAUCGCGUUCACGAGGUUCAAGUUUUCAAGGCGAGGGUGGACGCGAUGUCCCAUAGUGGCCAUCUAGAUACUCGAGUCGACAUAUCAAGCGCAUACCGGCCAGAGUACUUGAGUAUGCCUUAGUGAUAAUGUUAGGGACAGCCGUGAC